AGAAUAACUCUUGAAUUGUCCAGCGCAUCAUGUGAGAUUGACUUAGGACCAGAUGCAAAUGGAUCAACUGCACUGCAUAAGGCGGCAGAGAUAGGUGAUGUAGAAAUGGUCAAGAAGCUGCUUAAGGCAGGUGCAGAUACGAGAUUUCAAGAUCGGGGGGGUCAGACGCCCAUCCACAAUGCUUUGGACCAUGUGGGAUCCUCGAAAAACUGCUUCGUGGAGAUAGCAAAUCUCAUCAUAGAUGUGGAUGGCAAAAACGAAGUCCAGGACAAUAAUGGGAUGACUCCCUUGCAUUUUGCAGCGGAGAAUAAUUGUGUAGAAAUAGUAUCAAAGUUGCUUGCGGCUGGCGUAAGUACGCGUAUCCAAAAUCGAUCUGGCUGGACUCCCCUUCAUGUGGCUCUGAAAAUUAUGAAGGAUGACGCAGCAGAGGUCCUGAUUCAGGCUGACAAUAAAAUUGACAUUCAGGACCAAUAUGGACUGUCUCCGUUGCAUUUAGCCGCAAAUAGGGGGAGUCCUGAAAUAGUCAGAAAUCUGAUUGCAGCUGGCGCAAACGUGCGACGCCAAGAUGUUGGUGGAAAGACGCCCCUCCACUUGGCUCUCAGUUUGGGGUUCAGAGAAGUGUCGAACAUUCUCGUAGAUGUGGACUCGAAAAACGACAUUCAAGAUAAGUCUGGAGAGACUCCCCUAUACCUUGCUACGUUGAACAGGGACAUUGAAAUUGUGAGGAAACUGUUACUUGGCGGCGUGCAGCCACAAGCGGUUGACAUUCUCAGUGCCUAUAGACCCGAAAGUAGAGUUGUCCUUGAAAUGAUUCUAUCGUCUUGUGCAUGGCGGGACAUAACUAUCGACUGGGAAGGCUGUCCUCUUGACUCGGAUGAAAAAGAGUGGCGCAUGACGUUUCUCUCAGAAUGUUUAGCCGAGAUAAAUUGCAUGAAAGCAAAGAUACCUGCAACCUCCGUCUCCUUCCAUGAUCUUGCUAAGGAAUCUGUAAUCAAAGUUGCGCGCUAUCUUGAAAACGAAAUGGUGCAAAAAUUUUUGCAUUGCAAUAACGUUGCACUGCUUUUUCCGCAUUAUGCCAGUCUAUUUAGUGACCAGUUGGGGCAGGCGGAGGAGAGAAGAGUUUUGACUGCUCAGUGUUGGGACUGCUUCGCUGCCCUUUCCCAGAAAUGGCCUCUCCUUCCGGCCACGACUGUCGACAACAUCUUAAGUUGCUUUAGUGCAAAAGACAUGCAAAAUUUUGUCCACGCUUUCAAAGUUAAUCCUUGAAAACUCUGAUUCAGUUUUUGUGAUAUGGCUCUUAAGAAUAAAAUUGCAAAAAUUGGUGGCGGAAAAGUUUUUAAAAAUCAGUUGAUUUUAUGCUAGGAUUGCUGUGCAAUAAAAUGCCAUAUCGCUCAAAAGAUAUAAGCAGGGAUAGAAUAACUGAUGGCAAUCUUCCCAUUAACCUCUUCUGUACCAAAAUGAUAGACAGCCGCAGUGGGAAGGUAAAAUGCAGUAUCUGCAAAUUUUUCUAAUUUUUUUAGCAUUUUUGUCUCUUUUGCUAUUUGAGCUUUAUUGUACAAGCGUUAUUUGGUUUCCACUGAAAAUAAAGCAAUCAAAUUUCAACAUUUCCCUGUGUUUAGUAUGGAAUCCAAAACGUGUUUUUUCAAAUAUCUUAAGAUCUCAUUUCUGCAGACACUGCAUUUUACUAUCCCACCGCACUCUCAUACAAAAAGCUAUUGUUAGUAUUUCAAUGAAAAACGUUUGGCUAC